UACAGCUGAUUCACUUUGGUGUACCUCAAAAGCUGGUACAAGAGUGUAAAGUAAUUAUAUUCCAAUAAAGAGCUUAAAAAAAAGCUAAAUUUAAAAAAAAGUGUUGGUUAUUUGGUCAUUGAUCAAUAUGAGCUUAUUUCCCAAUUUCUGGCUCUGUUGCUGAAAGCAGGGAUUGAUUGGUCAAUUCCAACUCCCUUUUCCUCAACUGGCAUUUUCCCAGAUGAUUGCUGAGUCAUCCCUAGAGGCAUAACCCGAGGCAGUAUGGAUCACAGCCGCGUCAUAACUUCUCUGUGUGUGCUGUGCCGUGGGGCCCUCCCCCUGCACCACACAUCACCGGAGGGUGUGAAGAUGUGACCCACCUCUGCCAUUAAUCUCAAAGGAGAGGAGGGCUGUGUGAGGUCCGGGCUAGAAGAGUGUUUUACAUUUCUCUUUGGCGUGGCUUGUCUGUUCCAGAUAAGCACAAGAACAUCUUCAGAAUUCUUGAGUGUAUUUGGAACACAAAGGAAAAAAACCAAUCUGUUUAAGAUUCAGCAGAGGGCCUCGAAGCAUAAGAGCUCAGGCAAGUUACCACUUGUCAAUACUUUUUACAUAAUAAAAACAGAUUUAGUGUUUGUUCUGAUUAUAUAAAUAAAAUUUUUUCUUUGAAAAAGAUUGAAAGACAUAAAAUUAUAAAGAAUAAAAUAAAUAUCAUCUGGAAGCCCACCACUAUAAGAUACCUAAUUAGCACUUUGGUAAACUUACACAUACUUCUCCUUAAGCAUACACGCCAUUCACACACAGAUAAUUUUAUAGGAAUGGGAUGUAAUAAAUGGUGUUUAUUGUGAAGCCUUUAAAAAAGGUUGCUUCCAUCCCUAGUCAUUGUUCUUGUACAUCCUCCCCCCAAAACAAAGGAAGUAUUGUUAAAUGCCAGGUAUAUAUCUUUUAUAUACUUUUAUCUAUAUAGUUACAUGAUCAUAUAUAACCACAUAUAAUCAUAUAUAUGCAUAUAUAAUAGUAUAUGGGAUAAUAUUACUUUUUUUUCACUCAAUAAUAUGUCAUAGAAACCCCAAACAGAAUAAUAUUAUACCUUUUUUGGCUCGUUAAUGUUCCAAAGAAACCCCUUCAAGUUAACUGAUAUAGCUCUAAUUCAUUAUUUGUCAUUAGAUAUCUGAAUAUUCCACAACAUAAAUGUCUCAUAAUCUAUUAAAAAAUCUUCCUAUUCAUGAGCGUUCACUUUCAGUUUUCUGCCAUUCCAAGCUCAUAAUUUUUUUUCACCUCAAGCUCAUAAUUUUUUAAUGAACUAAAAUCUACAAUGAAGUCUCUAAAUUUUACUUUUUCACUUUUAAUCCUGAUUUUUUUGGGGUCAGUUAUUAACUUGCUGUCAUGAUUGUUUAGAAAGUCAACAUAAUAUUUCUUUUGGAAUUCUCAUUUAGAUACAUGAAGGGGUAUGUGGUUUAUCCCUGUAAUUCUGUAAUAAAAGAGGUAGUGACCUCUUUUACUCAGACCUUCUCGAUAUGGUGGUCAGAUCAUGUUUCCAGCCUCAGGAUCUACACACAAAUCUUUCCGUUGGGAAACUGUUGCUGAAGCAGAAAGGUUCUGGGCAGCUGACGUGGCAUCACAGUUUAUAGUGUCUGCCAGUUGUGAGUACCAGCAGGCUGUCAUGUUGGGACAUAGCAGAAGCGGCAGCUGCAACUCCUGAUUUAGGGGAAAAAGAUGUAUAUGGAUGACUAGAAGCAUGGUGCCUACCAACCCAAUGACAAAUGAAGCCCUGGCAUGGAUCCUUAGCUUGAGUUGCUGUUCCUGAGGCUUCCACCCUGGAAAUCGUGUCUGGAGUUUCCGGAAGAUAAAAUAACUACACAACUGACUCAAAAGAGGAGAAAAUUUCAAAAGGUCAGGGAUGGAACCUUGGGUUCGCCAGUGGCCAUCUCAGCCAGCGGGGAGGUCCCCAGCACCAUCAAAGGAUCCAGACCGAGGGCUUUGGAGAGAGAGAUACUAUCGGCCUAUUCCUCACUCUUGGCACAAUGGAGAGAGAGCCCAUCAAAGACAAAAUGUGGGCAGGAGCCCCCAGCCACAGCAGGACCCCAGGGCAGACCACCAGCAGCCUCAUUACACAUCCAGGCCUGGGGAAUUGCACCAGCCUGUGUCCGCGGUUGACUACUACGAAGGCGGUUAUCCCAAUCAGUUCUAUUCAAGGCCGGGCAUUGAGGACCUGUAUCAGAGCUAUCGCUCUUCAGCCCUAAGGGAAGAAUAUGCUUAUGGUGGAAGUUAUUACUACCAUGGACACCCACAGCAGCUGCAGGAAGAAAGAGUGCCAAGGCAAGGGAGUUCUUAUAUCUGGCAUGAAGAUUAUCGAGAUCAAAAGUACCUGAAUGAAUAUCAACAUGAAAACCAGAAUAGUCCGUUUGGAACAAAUAGUGAGACCCAGUUCCAAUCUAAGAGUCGGAACCCUUAUAAAGACAGUCCCGUUUCCAACUCUGGACAGGAGAGGCCUGGGGACCUAUUUCCGGAGAGUCCGCUAACUGGGGCCCAGAAAAACAAGCCAUCACUGACCGAGGAGUCCAACCUUCUCCGACAGCAUGAGUCUGGUCUCACCUCCAGCAGCUACGAGCUCAGUCAGUACAUGGCAGAUGCCUCCGAACUGUACGACCCCACAGCUUCAGCAGCUUGGAGUCCAGUUCAGGCUGAAAACAUCUCAGCAGCUGGUCCCAAGGCACCCAUGAAGUUCUACAUCCCUCACGUGCCUGUGAGUUUUGGGCCAGGAGGUCAGCUGGUGUGUGUGGGUGCCAGCUCUCCCAGUGAUGGGCAGACGGCCCUUGUUGAGCUGCACAGCAUGGAGGUUAUUCUUAAUGAUUCUGAGGAACAAGAAGAGAUGAGGACUUUCUCAGGACCCCUGAUCAGGGAAGAUGUGCACAAGGUGGACAUCAUGACGUUUUGCCAGCAGAAAGCUGCGCAGAGUCGCAAAUCUGAGACAGCGGGGAGCAGAGACGCGGCUCUACUGUGGCAACUGUUGGUUCUCCUUUGUCGGCAGAACGGGUCCAUGGUGGGGUCUGACAUCGCGGAGCUGCUGAUGCAGGACUGCAAGAAGCUGGAGAAGUACAAGCGGCAGCCACCUGUGGCCAACCUCAUCAACCUGAGCGACGAGGACUGGCCAGUGCUGAGCUCGGGGACCAGGAACCUGCUCACCGGCGAGAUUCCACCCAGUGUGGAGACACCUGCGCAGAUUGUGGAGAAAUUCACUAAGCUGCUCUACUAUGGAAGGAAAAAGGCAACCUUGGAGUGGGCCAUGAAGAGCCAUCUGUGGGGCCACGCUUUGUUCCUCGCCAGCAAGAUGGACCCAAGGACCUAUAGCUGGGUCAUGAGUGGCUUCACCAGCACGCUGGCGCUCAACGACCCCCUGCAGACCCUCUUCCAGCUCAUGUCGGGGAGGAUUCCACAGGCAGCCACGUGUUGUGGGGACAAACAGUGGGGAGACUGGAGGCCGCACUUGGCUGUGAUUCUGUCGAAUCCGGGUGGGGACCCGGAGCUGUAUCAGCGCACGAUUGUCACCAUGGGGGACACCCUGGCUGGGAAGGGGCUGGUGGAGGCAGCUCACUUCUGCUACCUCAUGGCUCGCGUGCCCUUCGGCUACUACACCGUGAAGACAGACCACCUGGCCUUGCUGGGCAGUAGCCACAGUCAAGAGUUUUUGAAAUUUGCAACAACUGAGGCUAUCCAGAGGACGGAGAUCUUCGAGUACUGUCAGAUGCUGGGCCGCCCCAAAUCCUUCAUCCCUUCUUUCCAGGUGUAUAAGCUCCUUUAUGCUUCCCGUCUGGCAGAUUACGGCCUUGCAUCCCAGGCCUUGCAUUACUGCGAAGCCAUUGGCACAGCCCUCCUGAGCCAAGGAGAGAGCAGUCACCCUGUGCUAUUAGUGGAACUCAUCAAGCUUGCAGAGAGACUGAAGCUGUCAGAUCCUCUGGUUUUAGAACGCCGCCGCCACCACCGAGGAGACAAGGACCCAGAGCCAGACUGGCUGGUGCACCUGCGGGGGCAACACGAGGAGCUGCAGCAAAAGUUAGCAGGAGACGCUGGGGAUCCUCACUCUGCUUGCUCGGAUAUCUUGGGAGCCAGGAAACCAACAGGAAACACGUUCUACCAGGAUCUUUCUGGACAUCAAGGCAACUCGGAAGCCCUUGGGGACCGCUCAGCCCUGUGGCCGACACCAGAGCAGACAGGCCUGGCCCAGCCCAGCCCACAGCAGACCUUUCCCCUCCAGCCCAACUCCUAUCCAGCAGGAGGAGGUUCCGGGCAGAUGGGGGUCCCGGUGCCUCUUUACUCAGUUCCCGAGACCCAUCUGCCAGGGACCAGUGGCGGCGUGGCAGUGCCAGAGGCCCCUGGAGGAAGGGCCUGGGAGGAAGCCCAGCAGAUACGGAUCAACCCACCCCCUGGAGAGAACACAGUGUCUCCGGAAACCUUCCAGCACCCUGAUGGGGAGAAGGCUGUUUGCAAACCACAGGUACCACUGAUGCCCAGAGCACGAAGUAUUUCUGUGAGUUCCACCGCAUCAGUCAAGGAGGAUGAGGAGGAGUCCUGCAAUGAGGCAGAUAAAAAUUCUUCUGAAAAUACUGCCCAGAGAGAAAAGCUCGGAGAUGUGAAGGAGAAUACGAAGAGCUCGGGGUUUGGCUGGUUCAGCUGGUUUCGCUCGAGGCCCACCAACGACGCGUCCCCCUCUGGAGACGAAGACUCAUCUGACAGUCCUGACUCUGAGGAGACCCCCAGAGCAUCUUCUCCUCCCCCGCCCAGCCUGGGCCUCUCACUGACGCCUCCCCCAGAUCCCCAGUCUCUGCUGGGCGCCAGUGCCUUCUCCAGGGACACAGGUGGGAGUGAAGUCCGAGGAUCAGCGUCCGGUGCGGGGACCGCUGAGGGCACGGGGAGUGGAGGCUUGUCGGGACCUGAGGAUGUUUCCUCUGAGCUCUACUUCAACCCUGGUGUUCUGCUUCCCCCACCCUCCUUGAAAGGAGCUGUCCCUCUCUACAACCCAUCCCAGGUCCCCCAGCUCACCACAGCUACCAGCCUGAAUCGGCCAAAUCGCCUAGCUCAGCGCCGCUAUCCAACCCAGCCGUGAUGAGAAGGACCACCCAUCCCAAGCUAGUCUCCCUGAAGCACAACUCUUAUGUUGUUCUUGUUUCUUAAUCUCCCAGCCUCUCUGCCAUAUUGGGGCCCCCAAGAGGGUCGUGCUAGCCAGUUGCCUCCACUGGGCAUAGAGAAGGCAAGGGGCCAGGGUCUCCCAGGACACAGCUCAGUUCUAUCUCUUAAGAUUAGCUUCAGAAUGAUGGUGGAAGUGACUUCAUCAGAGGGAGAGGUGGGCAUAACAGCAGCCUGGAAGUGAGCAGGGUGCUGUGGUGGCGGCUCUUAGAAUGUGGGUUCAUACCCCUGGGAGAGUCAGGGCCUAAGAAUCCCACUGUUGGAAUCAAUGAUGACACCACUGGGCUCAGCAGCAGGAAAUGACUGGGGGAGGGGCGUUCAGAGCAAUAUUGUAGACUAACUUUGACUCCUUCCUCAGCCCUAGUUACAGACCAGUUCAUAGCUCUAGUUAGCUAACGACUUUUGAAUUUCAGAAAUUUGAUCAUUGUUUCCCAUCAUUAUUCCCUCUUGGGUGACAUUUCGGCAGUUUCCCUCGUGGUUUUAGUUUUGUGCACAUUUUUUAUGUGGUUCAGAUUAAUUAUACUUCUCUCACUUUCUUAGCUGGUCCUAUAUUUUCACAUUCUGGCAUCUGGCUAUCAAGUUAGAUUGCUGUAGGCAUCAUAUUGUCAUGGUAACUACUGAACCUAAUGAUGCAGAUGGAUGGAACAUCAGUGUAAUAAAGAAUGGAAAAUGUUCCCUAAAAAUUCACCCCUUCCAUAAGAGAGGAGAAAUGAGUGCCUGAGAUUGUUAAUAACUCCCUUCCUCCCUCAGGCCUUUGCGAGUUGAUGUUCGGAGGGUUAGAGGAGCCAGAGGGAGGAGGGGGACAUCUUGGAAAUUUCCAUUUCUCCUUUCAAACCCCCAGUAGGAAUGACUCUUGCUGUUUGUCAGAUUUGCUGAAAAUUGUUCCUCACAAAGAACAUUUUUUGUAUGUGUAAUUGUACGUACAGGUUUUGUACCUUAAUGUACUACAGUUCUGAUGUUGAUAGCGAUUAAACCAGAUAAUUUUA